AUGGGGACUGGGAAUGCGGGGGGAGAUCGAGAUGAGAUUGAGAAUAUGGUAACAGCAGCGCUGCAUAUGCUCUGCUCGGAUCUAUUGAUUGAGUUGGAGAAACCGCUUUUAGUGUCUUCUUCUUCUUCCUUCUCCUCUACAUCUGUAUCUCUCGAGGAUACAAAGGGAGGAGUGAAUUGUACUCAGGUGAAAACAGAUUUUGAUGAUUUAUUGAGGGAAACAACGUGGUUUUUGUAUCAGGUGCAGGAACGUCAGAUGGUGUGGAGGUGGGCGAGGGGGAGCGCCGUUCAGGAGGGGGUGGUGUGGUUGCAGGGGUUGUGGGCUAGUAGGAGGAGUAACUCACAAGAUAGAAGUUUUAUUGAACAGCAAUUGGAGUUGUAUAAGAGUACGGAAUGUUUUGAGAAGGUGAAUGAUGAGGUUUUGAGGAAGGAUAUUGAGAUUGUGGAGUAUUUGAAUGAUUUGAUUGAGAUGUUCCCUUGA